AUGUCUAAUCGUUAUGCUCCACUUCCUAAUCCACGCACGGACCCAGAUUCAACAGAACUUGAAGCUGCUUUCGACGAGCAAGAUGACGACGACUACGACGGCGAUGAUCUAGAUGAAUCAAGUCCUCUGACUCACCCAAAUCCUUCGAAUCCUUCAACCUAUAAUUUCGAGUCUCCGAUUUGCGACUACGACCAACCUCCUCCUGGUUCUCCCCCACAACCAUCUUCUCAUGCUGUACCCAAUGAAUUUGGAAAUUCUAAUGGCAUAAUACCCGUCUUUACAGUAGACUCUUUGCCCCCACCCCCAACAGGGCCAUGGUGGAAGCGAACCGCAGCUACUAUUUUACCGUCUCAUUAUGUCAACAGAUGGGGUCUUACUACUGGGGCUAGCUCUCGCACUCCCAUUGGAGGAGGCACCAGAAAUGAUGGCGUAUUCAGUAACGUAGCUGCCAAACCAUCGCAAGGCGUACGUGUUCAGGAUGGAGACAACGUAUACCUUGUUCCAGAAGAAUCUUCCAACACAGCUCCUCCCACUUACGCAGCAGCUCAGGCUGAUGCUGCUCCCCCUUACCACACUCAUUCGAUCUUCCUUCCUUCUUCCGUCCAUGCGUCCCUCACUCUCUCCCAAGGCUGUGUCGUCGUAGAUGGCCUUCCCACAGGCACCCUUUUCUCUUUCCUCUGGAACGCCCUCAUCAGCAGCACCUUCCAAUUUGUCGGUUUUGUUCUCACAUGGGUCAUGCACACAACCCACGCCGCUCGCUACGGCAGUAGGGCAGGUCUCGGCGUCACUUUGAUCCAGUGGGGCUUUAACCUCCGUGCGCAACUAGAUAACGUAAACGGUGCACCUCUAGGCUCAGACCCAGCCGAUGCCUGGCCCACAUUUGCAAGCGCUCAAGACGCCAGUGAGUGGUUGGAUGCCAACCUCGAUCGUCUUAACAGCACUACAUUCGCUUCUACCGACCACAUGUCUUCCUGGUCCAACUCCGGAGAAGGAGAUGAAGGGAACAAUGGGUUCCUCACAAACGCAGCAGCCAGUGAAUGGCUUUCCUUCUUCCUCAUGACAGCCGGCUGGUUCCUCCUUCUCACAAGCGUUUUUGGUUUCUGGCGUGUUAAGCGCUGGGAACGCGGCAUUAUCUCGUCUUCCAGUUCUACCGCGUCACAGCCAACAACAGACGAGGAGACCAGGAGACAAUCACUCUUUGAGCGUCUCGGAAUGUUCCGCGUUCCCACACAAACAGCAUCUUCAGGUGCAGAUGGACUGGAACAGGUGUCUUCUUCCCAUGUAGGUGAUGACAUAGUUAGCAGGGAUACAGCGUUGGAAAUGCAAUCGCUCGUCCCAACCGAUCCAGACCAUGCACGUCGGAUCAGGCGAGCAAUCGAGCGCGAGCGCAGGCUGUGCGAAGACUUGCGCGCUGCAGGUCUCUUAUAA